CGCUGCACAACUUCAAGGCGUACCUUCGCUCGCCCGUGUUCCUCGUUCUCGUGUCGGGCGGAACCUGCUACUACGUCCUGCACCUUGAACAAGUGCCUGAGACGGGCCGGUGGCGCUUCAUGGACGUCUCGCCCGACAUGGAGAAGCAGAUGGGUGCGCAGGGCCUGCAGGAGGUCAUGGGCGAGUACGGCGGCAAGGUCCUGCCGGACUACCACCCGACGGCGCGGUACGUCCAGGGCGUCGUCAAGCGGCUCAUCCGCGCCAACGGGCUCGAGGACAAGCUUGGAGGGGACAAGGAGGGCUGGAAGACGCACGUCGUCAAGGAGGACGGGACCAAGAAUGCCUUUGUCCUGCCCAACGGUUCCAUUUUCGUGUUCUCUGGGAUCCUCUCGGUCGCCAACGACGAGGACUCGCUCGCCUGCGUCCUCGGUCACGAGAUCGCGCACCAAGUCGCACGGCACUCGGCUGAGCGCAUGAGCGGCAUGAAGGUCUUCUACGGGCUCGCGUUCCUCCUCUCGAGCUUUGGCAUUGACAUGGGCCUCUCGCAAGUCUUCCUCAACUACGUCUUCUCGCUGCCCAACAGCCGCAAGAACGAGACCGAGGCCGACCUCAUCGGCCUGCGCCUCGCCAACAACGCGUGUUUCGACCCUCGCGCCGCCGAGGGCCUGUGGCACCGCAUGAGCGCCGAGGAAGGCACGCACGGCGUCGACAUGUCGUUCCUGUCGACGCACCCGAGCAGCAAGAACCGCACCAAGCAGGUGCGCGAGUGGGCCGAGGACGUCCUGCGCGACCGCCCGAGCCAGUGCGCGCCGGUCAAGGGGCACGUUGGGCCGUUCCAGGAGGCGAGCGGCGCGAGGUGGCGGUGA